UGUUGUUGUAUGACUUUUCAUUUUCUAUAAAUAAAUUCUUCUGAAGCCCCCAGCAAAGCCAAAACAUCAUAUAUUCCCAGGAACUCUCCCAUCCUCCCUGUAAACCCUCUGCAACCAACCUCCAUUUCUAAGCAACCAGUCGAUAAGGAUUUCAAACAUGGCCAUGCAAAUUACGCUUCUGAUUCUCAUGCUGGCCACGCCGGUUGCCUACGGAGUGCAGCACAUUGUUGGCGGCAGCACCGGCUGGAAUCAAGCAGGAGAUUACGUCACCUGGGCUGCCGGUGAAAAAUUUGUUGUUGGUGACACUCUUUUGUUCACCUACGACAGUAGCCACAAAGUGGAUGUUGUGAGCCAGGCUGACUACACCGCUUGCAACUCUGGCAAUGCCAUCAACUCCUACCAAGACGGAAACACAACAGUCGCCCUCUCCACGGCUGGCUCAAUGUACUUCAUAUGUCCAACCGCCGGCCACUGCAGCGGGGGGAUGAAGCUAGCGGUCACUGUCACUGCCGCAAAUCCACCCAGUACCUCUCCCACAACCCCGUCGCCUCCAGGCACUCCUCCGACCACCACCACCCCGUCGCCUCCAGGCACUACCACCUCACCGCCACCGCCACCACGGUCUAAUGGAGCAGCUAGCAUUUAUUGUAACAUGAUGUUCGGGUUCUCAGUCGUGCUAGGGACCAUGUUUGCAUUCAUGGGCUAGGCGAGAGGCAGUGCUUACAUAUAUAUUCACGUAAUGUUUCUGUUUGUUUGUUGAAUUAUGUGAAUCAUUAUUGAAUGGGGGAUGUAGAGAUUUUCUGUCAAUAUGAUAUUAUGACUGAAUAAUAUGUUCUUUUGACUUUAUUUA